GGAAUUUCCGACGUAAAAAUGCAAGGUCAACCUGCUGUUGAAACAGCAUAUGAAUCGUACCCAGAAGUUGCUUGGAGCCAUGGCCUAGAGGUCGCCGAAACUCAACAUAGUCCUGACAAUCCCCCUCCCGCGGUCCAAGCUCAAACCUCUCAGGAUGCUUACUAUCAUCCUCAUCCUUCGGCGAAAGAUAUUCAACAACAGUAUUUCGACAAUUCGACAUAUGCUGUUGCAGCAAACGAAACUUCGGCUAUCGCAAAAGGGAGACCCCCGAGGCGCAAAUGGAUUAUCGGAUUUUCAGUCCUAUUUCUUGUACUUGUAGGUGCAGUCGUAGGUGGGGCUGUUGGAGGGACAAGAAAACAUAAAACUGGGGGUGAAGCAAUUUCAUUACAGACCCAAGCACCUUCAUCCUCCAUUGCGAGCGCAAGUCGAACACAAAGUUCUCAGCCAACUUCUACUCCGUCUAGCGCUAGCGUAUGCAAAUCAACCUUCUGUCAGCGCACUCUCUCGGCCGUGGCAUGGUCUAGCAGCUCAAAUAAAAGAAUGUUUGUUUUCGGGUUUGGUCAGGAUAAACGUAUCUACUACAAAUCUGGCAACGGUGAUACGUGGGAUGCCAACUGGUCGAAGCUCAGCGACGGCCUCUUCACAAGUCCACCUACCGCAUUUUCGUGGGGUACAGAUCGUAUUGAUGUUUUUGCAGUGGGUUUGGAUGGUAGUAUGUGGACUAUCGCAUAUAAUGGCACGCGAAAUCCAGCCUGGGAUGCCAGCUGGACAUCGCUAGGCGGAUCAUUUGUCAAACUACCUGCCAUAUCUUCAUGGGGAGAAAACAGAUACGACCUCUUCGGCAUUGAACCUGCUGCUUCAGGUGGCAAUAUGACACACAAAGCUUGGGGUGGUGGUGAGGGAUGGAGAUGGGAUCCUAACUGGGGAACAUUUGAAAAUGCUUACUUUGACGAAACUCCUUCAGUAGUGUCAUGGGGGAAAGAUCGGAUUGACAUGAUUGGGAUUGGUCGACACAAGAUACUGAUGAACGCUUGGAGUACUAAUGGAUGGGGGACAUGGUGGCAAGUUGGGGACGGGUGGUUCCAUACGCCUGUCUUGACUAGUCGAGCAGAAAAGCUGCUCAAUAUUUGGGCGCUUGACGGCAGUAAUGCUCUCCAUCAUAAGUUCUACAACGGCAAUCAGAACCCUGAAUGGAACGAUUGGGAGGCUCUGGGCGGAAAUUUCACCAGUGAUGUGGCAGUGCUAGUCUCGUCCACCAACCGGGUAGACAUCUUUGGGUUGGAUUCGAGCGGAAAUCUUGUGAACCAGUACUGGACUUCGAGUGGAACGAAUACCUGGAUGAAACAGUGGGAUUCGUUGAACGGGACCUUCAAUAGCGCACCGGUUGUGACACUAUUUGACGGAAAAGCUGCCAUAUAUGCGGUCGGAACUGACGACGAGAUUUACCAUCACGUCACUGUUUGUCAGCUCACGGAUUGUAUUUGGCAAAAAAAUGUUACUUGGGUAAGCCUAGGAGAACCAAAGGCUUAGUUUGAGUAAGUCUUGGGUAUCCCCGACCUUUCUGAAACCGAGAAACUCCUUCAUCGCUUGGGGUACUUCAAUUACUCCCUGGAAGCGAUGGUAACAUGCAUGAAAACCCUCCAGCUUGCAUUUGUUCCCGGUCAGGUACCACCAGAACCAGUACUCUGAUAUUGGUCUGCUCGAGCCCUCAGCGUUAACUGGUGGGCUACCUACAGGCGAUCAGGACCUGUGG